AUGAUUUAUAAAUCAGUUCUAGCCCCUUUACUUUUCUUCAACUUUAUCAUUUUAUCUGAAUCUAGUGUGUUGUUUGACACAUUGAAGAAUAUAAUCGAGAAUAAGCAAAUUGAUGACCUUGAUGAACUGAAAAAAGCAGCUUUGGAAGUGAAGAUUAGGGACUCUAUUUCGAGGGCAUCUGAAAUAUUAGAUCUGGAAAAUUUUGAAUCUUCUGAAUGUGAACCUGAUUUUACUCCCUUCUGCCCCGAAAAAUGGACGUAUAUGGGAGAUGGACUCCACUGUAAGGCCGACCCUGAAUAUAGUGGAUCUUGUGAAAAGCUGAUGGAUUUUUCGGAUAAAACACCCCUAGACAAACUGAAUUUAUCCAGAGAGUGCUCUUUCAAUUGGCCGUGUAAAGUAAAUAAGCCUGCUUACAUGCCAGAUAAGGUCACACAGUGUCCCAAAUUCUGGUCAUCCAAGGGCAAUAAUUGCGUGCCUCAUGAUAGCUACCUCGGAGUCUGCAAUGAACUCAGUUUGGAGGAAUUGGCGAGGAAUAAGAAUGAAUUGACAGUAAAGUGUAACCUGACCUGGGAUAAUACAAUGUUCAAGACCUCCAAUCUUCUGGACCUGAGUGAGAGUUGUCCUCUGGGAUACACGGGGUCAGAGUUCUGCACGCCCCUAGAGAACUUUAGUCCAAAAUUUCAAGGAAUCAUUCACUUUGAGAGCAGAGAGGAUAAGCUUAUCAAAACGGAUUUAUACAACUUAUCAUGGAACUUUGAGAUGAACAAUGAGCAGCACUUGGAUGAAAAGUGCCCGUACCAGUGGACAUUUGACCAGGACACCAACCUUUGCCUGGCUCCUCCUAGUUACAAGGGGCCAUGCCAAGUCAGAUUCAACUUUAGCAAAAUGACCAAAAGAUUGAAAAACAUAUGGUCAGUGGUAUGUUUAGUGGAUUUUUACCCCGGUGAGGAGAGUGUAAAGGAGAGCCUGAAGGUGUCAACUGACAAAAUCUACAAAGACGGCGCCAUAGAGUCCAGGUUUAAGAUACUCAAGAGGCGCAGAGUAAAUGAGAAGGACACUCCCAUUGAGAUACUGCAGAAGCAGUUGAACGAGUUGUAUAAAUUGAGGAAGAAGUCAACCGACGAUAACUUUUUAUCGACCCUGCAGUUUACAAUCGAUAAGCUUGAAAAGAGGAUCAUGGCUCCAAGUUUCCUGCAAAUCGACUCAAAUAUAACCACUAAGAAGUAUGAAUGCCCAUAUAACUGGGACAAGUUUGAAAAUAUCUGCAUUGCUCCAAAGACGUACCAGGCUUUUGUCCCUAAUUGCUACAAUAUCAUUAGCAGAUUUACCCAAAAAUCUGAUGAAUCAUGCAGAUUACAAUUUAACGACGAUCACGUUGACAAUGAGGACUUUGUGCGUGAACCAUGCCCCUUGGGUUGGAAACACGAGACUAAGUUGGACGGGCGAAUUUUGCGCACAAUCUGCAGGCCAAAAAUAGGCCAAAUAAACUAUAACUUCUCCCAGUGUGGCACAAAGGUGGAUUUUACCAACGUAUCUCCUGGGUUUAAGAGGAACUGGGCGUUCGCCUGUAACGUCAGGUUCCCUUCCAAAUCGCAUAAAUCAGAGACCAAGUGCAAACAGAACUAUUUCAGGAGGUGCCCUUACGGCUGGGAAGAAGCAAGUGACAGUUGUAUUGCUCCCAGCACAUACUUUGGGCCUUGUGGAAAGUCCGUUAAGUUUAGUGAAAUCGCAACUCCAGACUCGAAAAAGAGCUUCAGUCAAAGAUGCCUCGCGUUCUGGGACUGUCUCGGGAACUGUGAAAAAGACUAUACAAACGUUUGCCCUAAGAACUGGAAACAUGACGGUACCAGGUGCACUGCUACUUACAAAUACGACUUUCCAUGCAAAAGUGAAUUUGUGGUUCCAAAAACGUGGAACGAAUUUUCAAAACAGGAAUUUGAAUUCGUGUGCCAAGCUUACUGGGACUGCAAAUCCUAA